UGCCUCAGCCCAUCUUGUUAUCUUACCACCACCAUCGCCUCACUGGUAGCCGAGCGAACUCAGCUCGUACGAGGCUAGAGACAUAAGCAAAGAAUCUUUCUGGAAUCUGCUGUGGGUUGACCCAACCGGUGGCUGCCAUGAGUCGUCAGGGACUACCCCUUCUCAGUGGACCGCCUCCGCCUCCCUCGCUACCUGAGGCCAGUACAUGCAGGAAAUGUGGAAAGGAGUUCGGUAUUGUCUUCAAUCGGCAGAGGAAAUGCAUGCAUUGCGGAUAUACCUACUGUACCAACUGUACGGACUAUCAGGCCCUAAUGCCUCGCCCUGCCCCAGUGCGCGGGUAUGAUCUUGCCCACGUGUGUGCGUACUGCAUCGAAUUACUGAAUGUAACUUCUCUUGGGAAGAACCAGCUUAGGACCCUGCCUCUUUCUAAACUCAGGCGCUACGUCGAUGCCUACAACAUUCCGAUCAAGGGAGCAGUGGACAAGAACGACAUCGUUGACGCGUUGAUAGCCACUCGGACACCACAAGGAUGUCUCCCAGCGGCAAAUGAGGCACACUACCGAAAGCACGCGGUGCCGAAGUAUGCCAGCCGGGGUGGCCCUUCCCAUCAUUCUGCGGCAGCGUAUGCUCGGAACUUAUUCAAUCGUGGCACGUCAAACAAUCCGCCUCCCGCCUCCUCCAGGACUGGCUCAAAUCACGCAGGGAACACCAGUCGUACACCGAACAGCACAACUAGUCACAGUGUUAACUCGCGAGCGCAACCGUUCCCUCGCCCGGAUCUUGAUGAAGUGUAUGGUCAUCCAGAAGCAAAUCGUAGGCCGUAUGCUUCGCGAUCCGCACCCGCGAGCGGUGGAAGAGCUCGAGCGGCAUCUCACCCCUCGAAUUCUGGUUCCCCGCGAACUUCAAGUAACUCACGGUCUCAAGCGCCACAUGGACAAUCUCGCACUACCAGUUUCUCUCGACAAAAUCAUCCUGCUUCCGACCGUCCAACCCCACCUCCCCCUGCCCCACCCCCGCCCGCAUCCGCUGCACCCUGCACCCCACCUCCACUUGAGACGUUGCUCACCCAGUCUCGUUCUGCGAUAGCAGGGUUAUCGGUAGCCAUGCUUAAGAAGAUUCUAUGGGAAGCACGUGUAAGGAUACCACCCGGUGUCUGCGAGAAAGAGGACUUGGUGGACCGGGUUUGGAUAUUCUUGGAGGAGGAAAGAAGAAGGGUGGACGGUGACAAUGACGAAGACUAUUAUGAAGAUAUUGAUACUGAGUGGCGUGAUGCGCGGCCAGGACCUGCAAACCCAGGACACGAGUUUCCUGACUAUGACAAUGACCACAUCUACGAUGAGUUUGGUAUGAGUGGGCAUGAACGAACUGGCGGGGAUGGUGGAGGACAUUCUUCGGCACCUGAGACUGACACGGGCGCGAGACCACGACCAAUUACACCACAGCCAUCGGGGCCACAGUCCCAGUCACACGCGUCGACUGAUUCGACGCAUUCGAAGGGCAAGUCGCAGCAAAGUAAACACCUGGAUGCGGAUCGCUCUGGUUUGUGCGUCGUCUGUCAAGAUGCAGAUGCAAACAUUGCCGUCGUUGAUUGCGGACAUCUUGCCAUGUGUCGUGAAUGUUCUGACCUGGUCAUGCAGAGCUCAAGGGAAUGUCCAUUAUGUCGUACACGGAUAGUCACGGAGGCACGCCUUUUGAGGAUUUUCAAGACCUGAUGGUUCGUUUUGAUGGAUGUUUCGAAUACCCUUGGAUAUUGGCGACCAUAGCUAUUUAUCACCCUGGUGUCACGUCCAAUGGCUUGAUAUUAUUUUGAUACGGCGCUUAUGAUGACUCCGUUAUUAUGUAGAUUUGUAUAUAGCUGCGGCUUGUGCUUAUAUAAGACAUGCAGACGGUUAAGGGUCUUGUAGUGUAGCGGUUAUCACUCAGGAUUCUGAUUCCAG